AUGCGCGAGCUGCGACCACGGCCGACAACCACAAGUCAAGCUCCAGAAGACGACCACCAAGAAGCCGCAGCUCACAUUCAAACAGUCCAGCACUUGGCAAGCCAAGCCGUUGUUACGUCCCCGACAAAGCUCCGAAAUCUAGUCCAUCACGUCGUGCAGAGCUCCGACACCCCGGUCCGAUCGAACGUUUGUCUUGGGAUCAUCGCGAACGUCUCGACCGCCAAGGCAGCAGGAAAACUUGCAUCAGAGCUGCUAGACGACGACGCAUUGGAGGACAUACAUAUCCAAGCAAGAGACCGUCGUUUGGAGCAGUAUUCGUCCGCCGACGCCAAGCGGCACCAACGACAACUGGAAUACCUCGAUGGCCACACGCCCGGACAGACCCUCGUCAGUUGUCUCUCCCACAUCACGAAAGUCGCAAUUGCACGCGAGAUACCGCUCGAAUCACUGUGGCAGGCUAGCGGCCUCCUCGAAGGAGCAGUCCACACCGACGCAAAAGGGACUCGUCGACUGCGCGUCUUGGAUCUUCGACAUUUGAAAAAGUCAUUUCUCGUGCAGGCUAAUAGCGGCGGCCCUCGGACAGAGACCUCGACUCCCACACGCCCGACACCCACACGCCCGACAUCUACCACACCUGACCCUGCCUCUGAACUCGACACACCAGAAAGAGCAAGGGGAGAUCCUAAGCACAUCGCAUCAGCACAGUCACUUCUAAAACGUCAAGAGCUGAGCAACCCUCCGAUUGAUCCCGACUUUGACCCCUUCGACGAGACCGCUUCGCAGCCUCUCAAUCACGGCAAAGCUUCUGAGGACGCUACUUCCCAGACUCAACUUCACAGCCGAUUUUUGGGCCUCGAGUACGAAGAACAAUCUUUCGAUCUGGGUGGAAACUCGCCGGAGCCCGGCGAUAACGACGAGGACAUGGCUCCUGCACCCUCAACCGAAGGCAGACCCUCUCUAAGCUGGGAGACAAGGUUCAAAAAGCUUGUUCAGGCACCCCAUGUGGAUGUGACACCAGGAGACAUGAUGCUUGUCGUCCCCAGUAUGGUCAACGACGAUGAUGACUCAUCAUAUGGUACCUCAAAAGCCGGCCUCGUCUUCGACUUCCCCCUCCCCCCCGAGCAUCAAUUUACCGAAAUCCAGACGUCCGAUAAGAUCGUGCUUCUUCUUCACCAUGCGCAGUCAAAUGGCAAAUGGACCUGCCUGCAUGUCGUGAACUAUUCGGCUGGCACCCGGAAUUUGGUCAGUGCCUGCCAUAUUGACUGUGCUCCUGACCGACAGCGUAGGGAUAGAGUUGAAGGCUUUGUACGAAAAGUCGUCACCGACUUCAUGCCUCAUUGCGAGAUGUCUUUUAGUACGACGCUUCUUCAAGCAAAAGACACCCGAGCGACCAGCGGGAUUUUAUGCUUAAGUGCGGCGUACCACAGAACCAAGGAGAAGGACAAAACGACACUCCUGAAUUUACCGGCCUAUGACGAGAGACCGUUCCCAAUGUCUUCGGAAAAUGCAAGAAAGAGGCCUUUCCCAGAGGAACCCGGCUCGCCCGAUCCUGCCGGGGAAACCAAGCGGCGCUUUCUCGAGUACUGGACCCCUAAGGAAGCAGCUGAAGACGUUUGUGAGCGAGCUGCUGGAUUUAUUCCUCAACUCGAGAAGAGAAAGAAAAGCCUGAGCGGACGUCACAAAGAUUUGACGCACGCAUCGUCAGCAGCAUUGAAGGACGUGUCACGCCACAGGCGGACCAAAAAGUGGGCAUCCAUGGUGGCCUCGCUCACCGAAGACCACGACGACCAAGACCCGAACGACCAGGACUCCGACGACCAAGACUCCGAAGACCAAGACUCCGACGCGGAGGAUGUUGGUAUUCGUGAGGCUACAGAUGCCUUUAUCGAGCGCGCCCGGGCCGCAGGAUACAACGGAGAAAGUGUCGAGAAGGCUACCAAAGACGUCAAAAGCGCUGUGGAACGUUCGAAAAAGCUCAAAUCCGAUUUGAGCGCCGUGUGCAGCUCCGAACAAAAGGUCAAGGCGGCAAUUACCGACCUCGAGAACUUCAAAAGGCAGCAGAAAAUGCUCCGGGAAGCCAUCACGGCGGUCCGUCGUCUGGACUCGGAGGACUGGGUUAAGAAAAACAAGAUUGAUCUUCUCGUAAAGAAGAUGGCGGAGGAGACACAAGAAGAGGAUACCUAG